UAAACAGUGAGUGUCCGAGGUGUUGUGUGUGUACAUCAGAAGACAUGUGAGGCAGCAGGUUUUGUGUAAUACAGAUGUUUAAGACUCGAGUGUAAAGAUGAAGAAAAAACAACAACAAUCAUCUAAGGAAAUACCAGCAAAGGGAAACUCAGGAAAAAAGAUGACAAAGAAGAAAACAAAAGGUGUCAAACAGAAAAGAAACAAAGACAAAGGGCGUUCUCUACUAUCAAAUAAAUUCAUCUUGGACACACGUGGCAGCAAGAGGUCAAAGUUUCAGAAGCAGUUGAGACGCAAGAAAAUGUCAAACUCAACCAGAACAAACGUGUUGGGUUAUGAUAAACUGAUGGAACAGGAGAGGAAAUUGGCCAAAGAUUUGUUUGGAGAGGAUGCAGAGCUGCUACACAGUGUUCCCCAAGAGGCUCAGACUAGAGAUCUUCCUGCAGCAUCCACAGAUAGCACAAUUAGCACUGAAGAACAACAAAUGAUUCCUGAUGACCCCUUUGAUGUUCAUCAACCAGACACAAAAGAUGCCAGAAAGCCAGCUUGGGUAGAUGAGGACGAUGAUAAUAUCAGAGUUAAGGAUAUUUGUGCCAGCAUGACAAAGGCCCGAGGCAAGAGGGGCAUCAGAGAAGUCUCUAAUGUGAAAUAUGAGCUAAAACUACAAGAGAAGUUUAGUCAGGUUUUUGGCAGCACACCUGAGUGGGCCGACCUUAACAACAAACUCACCGGUGACUCUGAUGAUGAUGAUGAAAUGACUCGUACAACAGGGAAUUACUUAUCUGCAGAGUCCUCAGGCAAACUUCCAAAGACAAGUUUAGAGUACAAGAAGUUGCACGAUCUGAACCACACAUCAAGAUCAGAGGGGGCUGUGUUGAAAGCUGUUGAAUUUAACCCUCGCUUCCAGGUGGGAUUGGUAGCUGGGUUUUCCAACAACAGUUUUGGAGCUGCCACACUCUUCCAGGUUGAUGGUUCACUUAAUCAUAAAAUUCAGUCAAUCAAGUUCCCAAAAUUUACAAUAAAAUGUGCAAAGUUCUUGCAAGAUGGCAAAAAAUUUGUUGUUGGAUCCAAUUUAUAUGGUCAUUUCUUUGUAUAUGAUAUGGAGGCAGCCAAAGAAAUGAGGAUACCAUGUAGUAAAACGGAAGAAAGAAGUAGUAUGAAGAAUUUUAUUGUGUCACCCGACGGAGAGCUUCUCGUGUUCGUAGGGACAAAGGGACUUCUCUACGUUUUUGAUGCCACAACCCUCUCCCUCAUUGAUACCUUUCAUUCUCCAGAGGAGGUUAAAGCAGCAGCAUUUAAUGAAAGUGGAUCCAAGAUGUAUACACAUGGAAUUGGUGGUGAUGUCUUUGUUUGGGACAUGACUUCACGUGCCUGUGUUCAUAGGUUCUAUGAUGAUGGUUGUAUUGAUGGAACAAGUAUAGCCGUGUCACCGAGCAAUCAGUUUCUAGCGUGUGGAUCAUCAUCUGGAAUUGUCAACAUAUAUGACGUGGCUAAUAUCUCGAGCAAAGCACCAAGACCAGUGAAGAUCUUGGAUAAACUGGUAACGCCCGUGACUUCCCUCGCCUUUAAUCCUUCUUCAGAAAUUUUAGCAAUGGCUUCGGAUUAUGUGGAUAAUGCCAUGAAAUUGAUACAUUUUCCCUCAAUGACACACUUCAAUAACUUCCCUGGAGGACAAUAUCCUUUACGAAGAGUCCAAGUUCUUAAUUUCUCCCCUAAAGGUGGCUUUUUAGCCGCAGGGAAUAAUAAUGGAGCAGCUCCUUUGUACAGGCUGAAACAUUUCUCAAGUUAUUAGAUAAAUAUAAUUUUAAACUUCAAUGUUGUCAGACUAGAGACAAUUUCUGAAAGUUUUUCAGAUUGUUUCAAUUACAUACAUUUGUUCGGAUUCAUUUUAUGAAAAUAAAAUCAUGUCUUUCAAUA